UCCGGCACUUGCAGAGAGCGGUAAUCAUGGAAUCAAUCAACCGUUUCUUCAAGUGCGCCCCCUUGCGGAUGAAGAUGCUGACCUCGGAAGACGAGUGGAUAUACGACGAGGAGCCGCACAGUAAGCGCCGGAAGGAGAUCCUCAAGGCGCACCCGGAAAUCAAAGAGCUCAUGGGGUAUGAGUCCAAAAUUGCGUACAUAGUAGCUGCGGAAGUUGCCGCGCAGAUGUUGAUGUGCUACCUACUUAUGGAGGCAUCGUGGCCGACGGUUUUCGUGCUCGCCUAUGUCGUCGGCGGGACUCUCAACCAUUCUCUCGGCAGCGCCAUUCACGAGAUCGGACACAACCUGGCGUUCGGUCACGGUCAUCCGGUGAAGAACCGGCUACUCAGCCUCCUGUGCAACGUUCCUAUAAUAGCACCGAUGGCCAUCAGUUAUAAGAAAUACCACGCAGACCAUCACACGUUCCUCGGUCACGAGACCCAAGACGUUGAUAUUCCCACGCGCCUCGAGUCGUACCUCUUCCGCCAUCCAAUUACAAAAAUUAUUUGGCUGAUUGUUCAUCCUCUUAUUCAUUCAUUGCGACCUUUCUACAAGAGCCCGAAGCCGGUUACAGGAUGGGAGCUGAUUAACAACGCUGUUCAAUUAGUGGUGGAUCUGGCGCUUCUCAAAGCAUUCGGAGUCAAGUCGGUCGUCUAUUGUCUUUUUGGUACUUUAUUCGGAUUGGGGCUACAUCCGCUUGCCGGUCAUUUUAUUUCGGAGCAUUACGUCUUCAACGAAACCGGGCAGGCCACAAUGAGCUAUUACGGUCCGCUGAAUUUUAUCCUUUUUAACGUAGGGUACCACAUUGAGCACCACGAUUUCCCCUACAUCCCUUAUAACAAAUUGCCGGAAGUUAAGAAACUGGCGCCGGAGUUUUAUCAACAGCCAUAUCACACUUCUUGGGUCAAGGUUCUCUGGGAUUUCAUUUUUGACCCGUAUCAUGGCCCCCAAGCUCGUUCUGUCGGGUACCAUGUGGAUCUGAGUACCAAGAAGAAUGCUUACGUAACUUCCAAUGGAACCCAUGACAUCAUCGCUAAUGGCGCUCCUAAAAUAAACGGGCACGACAUCGCCGAGAAUGGUCACUGUAAAGCAAACGGACAUAACGUUAUCGCUAAUGGCGCUUCAAAAACAAACGGGCACUUGAUGAAAAACGGACACGUUUCCAAUGGGAAGGAAAAAUCUCACUAGGAUUAAUUAAUUUCCAGUUUUAGUUAAAUUAUUUGUAAUGCAAUUUUAAAUAUCCAGUCCAAGCUUCAUUCGUUCAACUAUUAAAAAUUACUGUGAACAGUGUUGUGAGUGGAUAAACCGUUGCCAUUUAAAAUAUUUCUGAUUUUUU